GGAUGCUGUUGGAUCAUAUGCAGAGAACCAGCGCAUCACAGCUGUGAGGAAGGUGUACCAGCGAGGUGUGGUCAACCCAAUGAUCAACAUAGAGGCCCUUUGGAAGGACUACUGUGCAUACGAAAAUAACAUAAAUCCACUGAUUGCGAAAAAGAUGACAGAAGAUCGAGGAAGAGAUUACAUGAAUGCCCGAAGAGUUGCCAAGGAGUACGAAGCUGUGACUCGAGGACUCAACAAAAGUCUUCCCUCCAUUCCUCCAUCCAACUCACCAGAGGAGGCACAACAGGUUGAGCUGUGGAAAAAGUACAUAGCCUGGGAGAAAGGCAACCCGCUAAGGACAGAAGAUCAUGCUCUCAUCACGAGACGAGUGAUGUUUGCCUAUGAGCAGAGCUUGCUGUGUCUAGGGCAUCACCCAGACAUCUGGUACGAGGCAGCCUCCUACCUAGAGGAAUCCAGUAAAAUCCUUACAGAGAAAGGA